AUGAAGACCUCAACAUUCAUGACAACAGCCGUGAUGGCUGCCACCUUUAUGGGGGCUCAAGCUAAAAAGAAUAUUCAACUACCGACAGUGGAUCCUGUUCUGAACCAGCAGACCUCUCAGGGGUGCUGGAAGUCUAAUGCCAACAUGACAAUGGAACGCUCAGGAGUUGACGUCUCGAGUGGCAAAUGUAAUGAGCAAUGCAAAGACGACUUCAACGUAUUCGCUCUUCAGGGAGACAAGUGCUACUGUGGUAUGGUAUACCCUAAAGAGGGUGAUAAGGUCGAUGACGACAAGUGCGAUUGGCCUUGUCCUAGUUUUGGCAAAGAGGCAUGUGGUGCUCUGAAGGUGUACUACUCAGUUUUCAACACUGGCCUCGAAUUGGCACCCGAUAAUUAUGUGCCAGAAAAAUCAACAACAAGUGCCGCACCCUCUUCCACCAAAGCUACCGAGAGCACCACCACCGCCGAAUCAUCUGCUGCCCCAACACAAACUAAGGAAACAUCGACAACAUCCGAGGCGGCUUCUGAUGGCGAGGCGAAGAAGGACGGCCCCAAUGUGGGCGCUAUCGCUGCAGGUGUUGUCGUGGGUGUCGUUCUCAUCACUGCUAUCGGUGGUGGUGCCAUCUUCUUCGUCCGACGCCGACGCAACGCUGAGAUCGAAGAAGAACAUCGUCGGAACGCCGCUGUGAACGCUUUUAUCAACGGUUCAAAGCCUCCUGGAAGCAGCGGCAGCAUCUCCAUGACAGACUCUCGGCUUGAUCCUGUCAUGGCUCACCGACGACUCAGCGACGGCAGCAUCGCUGAUAACCAAGAUUACUCUCGAAGAAUUUUGCGAGUCACUAACGCAUGA